UUUUGGUAGGACAUCUCUUUUGCUUGCAAUGCGUGGCGACUCAUCUCACGAGCACUUCACCUCACGGCCUUACUGGCUGUUGUCCUAACUGUCGUACUCAGUUCCUCACUGGUCGAUCUAAAUAAGAUCUGACCUGUUACCAUGUCGCUGAUGAGUUCAUCCUCUAUUUCAGCUACACGCGACGUAAGUUCCCAUUUCCACUCUCAAGCCUCAUCUCUCACUGUAUGCAUCCAGCUAAAACUCCACCAGUUCAUUUCGCCUUCCUUCGACGCGUCCAUUUUGGCCCGGGUCUGGGAGAAAAAGCUGAAGACAUUAUGUCAAGAAAGUUAAACUCUCUGCAGAACACUAUCUACCAUCUGAUGAAGGAAAAUUAUGAGCUCAAGAAAGCAUCCGAAGAAAUCGAGGUCAUCAGGUCUGAACGUGAUGCAGCACAGAUUCGGCUGCUCGAUACCGGCUGGAACCUGAAUCAGGCGAACAAGAGGAUUGCACAUUUCGAGAAGAUGUGCGAAGCAGAAGCACCUCCCGUUGACGAAUCCGCGCAGGUUGUUGCAAGGUAUGUCAAUAUCGACUGUCGUUGGAAUCGAACAUGUUGAUAUUGUUCUAGCUCGGAGGCCUCAGUCACCAACGCUCCCACCAACAAUGUUCCUAGUCAGCGCAGGAGGUCUUUGGGAAGUGUUAUCAGAUCGACGGUGAAA